AUGGAUCAGCGCCCCAGACACACAGAAUCCUCAUCCCUGGGCUCCGAUGCUCAACAGGUGAUGAGCCCAAGCGCUCAAGCUGGGCAAGCCACAGUGGGGCAGCCGCCAACCUCCGGAAGAAGAAGUUCCUUGCUGGAAGGAGAGGCAAAUGGCCCCUCGUAUGGUGCAACCGAAGCUCCAGUGACGAGCGGAGCUCUGCCAGUGGUUCAGUGGCCGCAGGCGAGUGAUGAAGGCCGUGAUGGCGCGUCAUCGUUAGCGACUGGAAUGGUGGAGCCUGCAGCUGGAUCGGCGUUUUUGCUGGGCGAAGAUCAAGUGGUUGCCAAUGGUGGUUUGGAAGCUCCGCUACCUGUGUCUGUGCAAGAGCCGCCGUCGAUGCAAGAGGCUGAUGGUGGGUGGCGCCAAGGCGUGGAACAGGGCAUGGUGGCCCAAGUUCAAGCUGGAGGUGGAUCGCCAACUGUGGUUCGGUGGUUGUUCUCACCACCACCUGUGCAGGAGCUGUCGGAUGUGGCCCCUCAGAGGUGGAAGUUCGAUGAGCUCAACGGGAAGUUCGGAGAUUCAGGCGGAGGUGACAAGACAGAGGGACGAGCUAAUGGUAGCACGAGAUCAGGCUCCUCUACCUCAGCACGCUGGUGUUCCUCAAGGGUGUCCAAGCUCAGCUACCUCAGCACGCUGGUGUUCCUCAAGGGAGUGUCCAAGCUCAUCUACCUCAGCACGCUGGUGUUCCUCAAGGGAGUGUCCAGGCUCAUCUACCUCAGCACGCUGGUGUUCCUCAAGGGAGUGUCCAGGCUCAUCUACCUCAGCACGCUGGUGUUCCUCAAGGGAGUGAUCAGGCUUCUCUACCUCAGCACGGGGGUGUUCCUCAAGGGAGUGUUCAGGAUCCUCUACCACAACCCGGUUCAUGUGUUUACUCAUGCGGCAGGAAUGGAUGCUAGCGGUGGCCAAGCGCGGGCUUCGUCAUCCACCGGUCCGAGCCAGGGCGACAUCCUGGGAGCCUUAGCGAUAGGGAUCAAGCAGCUUCAAGAUGUUCAGCUGAAGCAGAUGGAAAGGAAACCAGAAGGAAAGGACACCAGUGCGAUCGACAUCCAGGACUGGUUGGAGGCUGCUGAGGAGUACUACCAGAAGUGGGUCACGGCAUCGCCAAUGGAGAAGCUGGCCCUGAAGCCAACGAGGUCUGCAGUCCUGGAGGAGGGACGCUGUGCUCGUGUGAAUGCAAGGGCAGCGAGUAUGGUUUUAGCGGCGCUCAAUGAGGAAGUGAGAACCGAGAUGGUCACCAGAAAGGCUACGUCCUCAACCAUGCUGAUGGUGUACCGGUUGCUGACUAUGUACAGGCCUGGCGGAGAAGCAGAGAAAACCCUGUUGCUGAAGCAGCUGACUUCCCCAACUCCGGCAUCUUCAGCGACUGAGGUGGUGGAAGAGCUGCGACGUUGGGGGCGUUGGUUCAGUAGGGCUCGGGACAUUGAUGUGGCCACGCCAGACCCAGUGCUUCUGACGAAGGGAUUGGGGAUGAUUGUGGAUGCUUUGCUGCAGAAACACCCUCAAGUCUCGUUCCGCACGUCUUUGAUGCGAAGCACUUUGCAGCUGGACGCAGGGCCCACCUUGGAGCAAACCCUCAGCUUUCACGAGCACUUGCAGGCCGAGAUGGAACUGUUGGCUACGUCAUCGUCAAGCGGGUCGUCGGAGAAGCCGAAUCCAAAGGCGAGGAGUGUGGCCACGACCUCGGAGGCGAACGUCCAGAACCCCAAGGGUGGCUCGAAGGGCAAACAGACGGCAGUGAAGGGGGCAUGCAAAUGGUUCGCAAAAAAGGAUUGUCCUACGAAGACUGGGGAGGCAAAGCCCAAUGAGCAAAGGGAGAAGCCGAGCCCCAAGUCACCUUCCAAAGGAAAAGGAAAAGGACACACUGAGGAGCCGAGCGCAAAGUCCAUGAGCCCUGAGCCGGAGCCGCAACCGACCUCGCCGUCUACCAAAAGUGAGUCUCAGGAAACAGGUCAAGAUUUGAAGGAGAUGUUGGGGGAGGCAACGAAGGCCAUCAAGACGCUAAUGGCAGCAAAGACUUCGUCAACGAGUACCUCCUCGAGCGGGACUUCGCAGGGUGCGGUGGAAUCCUUACAGCGCCAGCUUGAUGAGUUGAGACUGAAGGCUGUGAGGGUGUGCGCAGCGGAGCCGUGGGCCAACGGACCUGAAGAACAAGAUGCACUGAUAGACUCAGGUGCGACAAACAUCCUCAGGCCGCCGCGGGAUGAAAAGGAGCGGCAAGAUGCUGUUCCGGUUUCUGUGGUGUUGGCGGGGGACACGAAAAAGGAGCUCGUGCAGAACGACGUGGGCACGAUCAUCGCGGGAAGUGACACGAGGACACAGACCAUCAUCCCUAUGUGUGAAUUGGUCAACCAUGGAUGGAAGGUGACGUGGACAGGAAAGAAGCUGGCCAUUAAGCACCCGGAGUUCGGAAGGAUGAGGACCGCAUUGAGGGGAGGAUGUCCUGAGGUCGCCAGGGAGGAAGUGCGAAGGAUCAUCGACCACAUGUGUCGGGAACUGUACGUGGAGGUGAAGGCGUUGAAGGCCAGGAUCGACGCAGUGAAUGAUAAGGAAGCAGAGCCGUGGACUACAUCCUUGAGGAGAUUGGUGGAGUUGAAGGACUGGGCCGCGUUGGCAAAGGCUAUCGAAACGGCGCCGAUGUUCAAGGACCUGCCUGGGAAGAUCAAGGAUAAGCUGUUCACGGAGCUAGAGUUCACUGAGGAAGCUGGCUGGAACUACAUGAAGGACCUCCCGCUGACAAGACGUGAAAGAAGGAAGUUGCUGAGGUCCAAACGAUGGGUUGUGAACUUGUUCUCCGGGAAGGGUGCCCCUGACGAUCCGCUGGCGACGAUUGGAGCGGGUGCAGAUGAUGAUCGGGUACUUCUCAACGUCGACAUUGAGCGGAGCAAGGCUUACGACCUCACGAAGGACGGCAUCUUCAAGAUCCUGAUGGGCGGCGGUCACUGGAAGAAUGGAAGAUCUUCAUGGAGGGCCACCGUGUCGAACGUUCUCUGUGAUGAGGUGGAGGGAAGUUCCGGGGAACGUGUGGAUGGAGACACGGAGUUGAUUGCGAAGAUGUUCUUACUGUACAUGGUGAGCAAGUUCGCGCGACCUGGAAGGGCCACGGGGUUCUUAGUGGAGCACCCUAGAGACCCAAAAACUCUGUGGAAUGAUGGAAGAGACUACGCCAGCUUGUGGAGGACACAGUUGUGGUUGGAGUUCAUGAAGGCCACGGGUUUGGACGUGUACUCGUUCGAUCAAGGCGCCUUGGAACAUCCUGCGCGGAAGCCAACAACGAUUGGUACGAACUACGCCUUGGAGCACCUCAACGGUCUGGUCGACAUCAGGGUGAAGUCGGAGAACGCGAUGAAGAUGGACCCAGCGAAGUUGGCAACGUGGUCAAGGGGCUUGAGAAGGGAGAUUGCAAAGGCGAUAGAUGAUCGGGCCGUGGUGAGUCCAAAGAUCAAGGCAAUGACCGCCAAGCAGCGCCUGGAGUGGAGAAGGCACCUCCAAGCGGACCACGUGCCGUUCAGGACAGAGUAUCCUCAAGCCUCGUUAGCUCUGGAUAUGGCCGGUCCUUUCAAGACGUUGGGGAGGGACCUGUACGAGAAGGACUACAAGUAUCUCCUGGUGGGCCGCUGGCUGCGCAACAUGCUGCAGCGAAAAAGUGGGAGAGGACCCUCAGGCGACGUCACCGAUGGGCACAUCAUGGCACGAGAUGAUGGUGGUUUGGUGGUGGCAAAGGGCGUGCGCGUGAACCUCAUUGAUCCAACGGAGCUGGAGCCGAGAUUGCUUCCGGAGCUUCGCGGGAGUGAGGUGAAGUACAAACCGCCAACAAGGAGAGCGAAAGGAAAAACGCCAGGGGUGUUGGAGGAGGAAUUGGAGCCUGAAGAGGGGCGAGAGAGGAACUUGUCCCCGCCUGAGCGAUACGCAAAGGAGUGCUUGGAGAAAGAGAACAUCACGCAGGAGACGUUGGAGAUGCUGAUGGCCCUUCUUCCACACGACGAACUAUCAAGAGAUGCCUUUUCUCCUCCAGACCCGGAGAUGUGGGCCCCAAAGCAAUGGGGAACCGGCGCCUACGUGCAUGGAGGAGUCAUGGGCUUGAAGAAAAACGUCAAGAUGUUCAAGUACUCGACGAAGAUGAUGGCCUAUUGGGUGAGGACUCGCCAUCCGGCUCACCGGUUCACUUCCUUGGUGUUGUUCAGGAACCUCAGGACGCAACCUCAUCGAGACUCCCACAACGACUUGUCGUCGGAAACGGUGGUCUUCCCGAUAUCCAAGUUCCAGAAUGGAGAGGUGUGGGUGGAGGGAGAGCCAGAAAAAGAAGAUGAAGUCAGUUGCAUGGAAAAGAUUGGCGACAAGUUGAUCAAGGGCAAGCUUCUUCCAGUGGCAAAUCGUCCUGUCACAUUCAAUCCGAGGAGCUGGCAUUCAACGCAGCCGUGGACUGGCGACAGGGUGGUGCUGUCGGCAUACUCCAUCAGGGGGUCGGAUUGCCUUACCUCAGAGGACAGUGAUACGCUUCGUGAACUUGGUUUUGCCCUGCCGGGAGAUGAACUCAAGUACUUGUCCUCGUCGGAGUCCUCGAGGCCAAGUUCGGGAGCAGCCAAUACUGCGAGCUCUUCUUCCUCAAAGUCACCUGAAGUAAGGGUGUCAGCCAUCAGGGCCGUCCACACGUUCGAGGAGCAAGAUCAAGAAGAAGUGAAGCAGAGGAGAAAGGAUGCCAGAGUGGCAAAGGCCUCCAUAGAGAACAUCUACACCGACAACGUGGAGGAGUUGUUGGAGAAGCUGAUGACGGACCUCCAGGUGGUGCACACUGUGAGACAAAGCGAGGCAAUGAAGGUGUUGAUGAAAUGGAAGCCGUCAAUGAAGAAGGAGAUCGACGCGUUGGAAGGUAAAGGCGCCAUCCUGAGAAUCACAAAGGAGGAAGCAGACAACCUCGAAGACGUGGAGUACGUGCACGGCAAGUGUGUGUGGACGGUGAAACCACCUGAACACCCUGAAGAAGAAAAAGGAAACCCCGAUCGUGCAAAGUACAAAAGAAAGGUGAGGAUAGUGGCUUGCGGCAACCAGGUCGAAGAUGACACAUUGUCUGUGCAGGACCUCUACAGCGCCGGGGCCACCGCUGACAUCGUUCGAACAGUCAUUGCCGAGGCUGGCUACAAGAGAUGGGGCGCAGCGAUUGACGAUAUCCGAGCAGCCUUCUUGACAGCACCUUUGCCAAAGGGGGCGCGACGCUACAUUUUGAGGGUUCCGAAGGCGGUGAUUGCAGCUGGUUUGGCCCAAGAAGGGGAAUGCUGGUUGGUGCAAACAGCGCUGUACGGGUUCAGACAGAGUCCAAAGUGGUGGACCACCUUCAGGAACACGCGGGCCGCGGAGGCGAAGUUCAGCGCAGAGCACAAAGGGGUGGAAGUGCGAGCUACGCUAAAACCGUGCGUUACGGACCCGAACCUCUUCAAGAUUGUGGCGGAGGUGCAAGGGAAGGAGGUCGUGAUUGGGUAUGUUGUGUUCUACGUGGACGAUGUGCUGGCGGUUGGGGAGGAGGGGUACGCCGCGGAGAUCGUGAGGGCCCACGCCGCCGAGAACGAGUACAGCAUCCUACCAGCAACAAAGGAAUGGCUAACGAUGGAGCAUGAGAUGCCGGAGAUCCCCACCGACGCUGAAGGAAAGGCCUUGUUCGAUGCCAAUGUGAAGGCCGGCGAAGUCAUGGAGGGGCGAUGGUGGUGUGGAGGAAUACUGGCUGUGCUGGAAGUCAUGGAGGCAUUUGAAGUUGAAAUGCGAAUGGCUGCGGCAGAAGGUGAAGGACGAGGCUAUUACGUUGGUUCAUUGUCCGGGAUUGGUGCAGUUGUCGGACAUCCUCACGAAACAGGUCCCGAGCCAGAGGCUGAAGGACAUUGGAGAAAAGUGGGGGCUGAGAUGCAGAUCGGGACCGAGGGUGAAAGCUAUGAGGGUGCCUCCUACAAGUUCGCCUCAUACAAGUUCGCCUGGAACGUCGCCUCGUGCAAGUUCGCCUGGAACGUCGCCUCCAACAAGUUCGCCUCCUACAAGUUCGCCCGGAACGUCGCCCCCUACAAGUUCGCCUGGAACGUCGCCCCCUACAAGUUCGCCUGGAACGUCGCCCUUGACAUGUUCGCCGUCGCCUUCGUCAGGAUCACCUGGGACGCCUCCAUUGAGUCCGCCAUCGUUUGUGUCAGAUUCGCCUCAUACAAGUUCGCCUGGAACGUCAACUCCUACAAGUUCGCCUCAUACAAGUUCGCCGGGAACGUCAACUCCUACAAGUUCGCCUCAUACAAGUUCGCCGGGAACGUCAACUCCUACAAGUUCGCCUCCUACAAGUUCGCCUGGAACGUCGCCUCCUACAAGUUUGCCUGGAACGUCGCCGACUACGAGUUCGCCGUCGCCUUCUACAAGAGUCCGAAAGAUGGUGGUGGAGCAUGCCGUGUUCUACGUGGACGACGUUGUGGUGGCGUUGAGGCCAAUGCGGUGGGCGGAAAAGGAGCAUGUCUCGUCAGCAGCAAAAGCAGCGAAGCCGCAGCCACAAGCAACAACAAGGAGCAGGACCGAGAGGAGGAGGACUGGCAAAACCCGAUGAGGGUGGAAUGGGAGCUGUAUUUCCUGGGAUUGGUCACGCUGAUCGCAGUGUUGGCGGUUUGGGAGUGCCUUCGUGAAUGUUUGAGGAGGGGAGCAAGAAAGCUUCCAAAACUUCGUGACCUUGCCCGACGACAACAAGACGGACCUUUGAGCAAAAAGGAAUGUAAAGAGCUAUCGGAGUUGGUGAGCCGCGGAAGCUGGCUGGAAGAGAAGGACCACGAGAAGUUGACCGAGCUGGUGGCACGGUUUACAAGGCACGAUCAAGGAGCAAGUUGCGCUUCAAGGGGGCCGAGUCGUGCAGCAGGGCAGGCAAGGGAGCAAAGGAGAGGAGAAGAUGUGGCAGCGGGGGCGAGAUCUCUGCGUGAGGCGGCUGCAUCGUCGUGGGAGCAGUCAAUGGGCGUGCGACAAGAGAGAGCGGCGGAGUCUUCGCCGGGAUAUGAGACCGCUAGGUCAGUGGCCCGAAUGGAGGUUGGGGUUCAAGCUGACUUGGCGAUGGUGAGAUUGGUGCAACAGGAGAGCCAAUCAUUCGCGUGCGAGAAGUAUGUCCACGAGCCUUCUUCCUAUGUGAUGGUGGCCGGACAGUCCACACGAGAUCAAGGAGUUCCGUUGGCCGUGAAGGCCCAAAACCACGAAGCAACGCAGUAUCGUCGUCCCAUCCCAGCUGGACUCCGCAACAAGGAGGAUCGACGAUCAUCUGACAAGGCGUUUUGUGGAGAUGUCCUGUUCCAGAUUAUUGGAGUGAUCAGUCUUCCCAUCUUCUUGCCGGGGAAUCCAAGGAAUUGCCUCUGCUAUGGCGUAGCUUGGCCUUUGAGAGGGACGAGGUUCCUGCACGGCUUGGAGGAGCCCAUCCUUCAUGGGGAGCUGAAACCUGAGAAUGUCCUGAUCUUCGGCUCGGAGGCCAAGGUCAGCGAUGUUGGCUUCAACAUGGCAGGCCGCGGGACAGGAGCAGUUGCCUACAAGGCGCCAGAAGUCUAUGACGGCGUCUUCACCACUGCAUCUGAGGUCUAUGCCUUCGCCAUGAUUUGCUGGGAGCUUGUCACAGGCAAGAGAGCUUGGGGAGAGUACACGGACUUGCAGAUCAUGAAGCCUGUAUGCGUGGAGCACAGACGGCCUCCUCUCGACGAGAAGGCUGUCACGACACGCCUGGGCCAAAUCGUUCAGGAGUCCUGGGCAUCGGACCCGGCCAAGCGGCCAUCCUUCACUCAGCUGUUGGUUCAGCUCGCGCCGGAGCCGAAGUUGCCAAAGUCGCUGCCGACAGCGCUCCCGAGCCAUUGGUCGGGUCAGGACUUGGACCAAGGCUGGAUUGCAGUCCCCGCGUCGGAGGACCUCUUCCGAGAGCUGUCGAAGCUCUUCGUGGUGUCGCAGCCGCGCGAGCUGGGCACGGGCCGGGAUGCGGGCAAGUACCACAGGUUAUGGUCUGCGUGGCGCAUAGAGCACCAAAGCCUUUGGGACAAGUACGCCGCGGAGCGCAACGACGUCAUCCGGCUCCUGCGGCAGCUUGAGAAGAGCAAGUUGCAGACCGCGGAAUGGAAGAGUAAGCUUGAAAAAGCCAACGCCCAAAUGCCAGAUCCGCUUUGCGAGCACAUUGGUGAGAAGUACUUGCUCCACGGGACGACUCCGGAAGUCCUUCUGGACAUCCUCCACCAGGGCUUCAACGACAAGCUCGCCAGCUUGAAGGGGAUGUUCGGUGCCGGGGCCUACUUUGCAGAAGAUCCCGAGAAGAUCGAUCAGUACACGCGUGAGGACCCUGGACACGAAGCGCCCGGCUUGGAGAAGCUGCACGCGCGGCUUUACCGAGCAGGUGGCAACCGGCACCCAGGAAGUGACGUGUUUUACUGCUUCGUGGUGCGGGUGACCUGCGGCGCCUGCUUUGUCAGCAACGGGCUCAAGGACAAGUUGCACGAUCACGACACUGGCUUCCAGGUCUUCGCAAGGGACGACCGCCGAGAACUCUCCUCCAUCCCUGAGUCAGACCCAAGGGUGCCGUACCAUACACUGGUGGUCCAAACUGGCUCCGAAGCCAAGCUCCGAAUCGAGCGCUUUCGGGAGAUUAUUUCCUUCGACGCCAACCGCGCCUACCCGGAAUAUCUGCUGGCAUACCAAAGGGUGUAG